AUGACAUCUCUCAGCUUCCUACUUGCGGUCUUCUCUACACUCUGCUUGCCGGUACAAAGCCAGUGGUGGACCUUUAUUUGGGCCAACUCUAAAGCCAAGUCUACCACGUCGCCUCCAUCUGCUUUUCCUUCAAUAAUCUCUUCAUCCAAUAUCACCUUGGAAGUCCCAAAAGAGACUGCCGGGGGUGGAGAGGAGUUGGUGACUGAUGGAGCGAUGUGGACUGGUUCACUCACACCUGCAGUCCUUACAGUGUCAAAGGCCGUACAAAGCACUACCCAGUCCUGGCACUCAAUUACAGAGGGCAACGGAAGCAGCAAAUCUAAAAACACUUACAAGCUACUAAAGUACUGGAAAAGUGAAAGAGGCUCCGGAGGACACUUGGACCUGACUGAGUUGAUAGGAGUCCCUCUGCCUCCAGCUGUCUCCUUCGCUACUGGUUUUGAGGGUUUUCCAGCGUACAACUUUGAGCCUGAAGCAAACAUUGGCCGUCUUACAAAGACUUUCAUCCCUGGUCCAUUUUACAGGGACUUUGCAAUCAUUGUUACGAUUCGACCUUCAACCCCGCGAGGAGGGGUGCUGUUUGCCAUCACAGAUGCCCAUCAGAAGGUGGUGGAGCUGGGGCUGGCCCUCACUCCGGUGCGUGGGGGUCUUCAGAGCAUCCUGCUGUACUACACAGACAGAGAAGAGGCCACUCACAGCCACAAAGCGGCUGCCUUCACUGUAACAGACAUGACGGACCAGUGGACGAGAUUCACAUUGGUUGUGGAGCAUGAAGAAGUGCGUCUCUUCAUGGACUGUGGUGAAGCAGAGAGGACCACUUUCCAACGCAAACCUGAGAGACUCAUGUUUUCACACAAUUCAGGCAUUUUUGUGGGAAAUGCAGGAAGCACUGGCCUUGAUAGGUUUGUGGGUUCCAUUCAGCAGCUCGUGAUAAGGGAUGACCCCAGAGCUGCGGAGGAGCAGUGCGAAGAUGAUGAGCCUUAUGCUUCUGGAUUCUCAAGUGGAGAUGAUGGAUUGGACGACGGGGAGAGAGAGGAAGUUAUUAAGAACUCACAGAGAAGGAAGCCAAGCGGUGCACAGGAAGACAGUGUUCCUGUGAGCGCUCCACCGACUGAAGCUCCAGAGGCUGAGCUCGAUGGAUACUCUGGUCAGCUGACCUCUACUGAGAGCACUGAACGUCUGAGAGUUCACUUCACAGAGUCUCAUAUAAAUACAGAGGUCGAAGACAGAGGCCACAGACUGAAGGGGGAGAAAGGUGAGGCAGGUCCACAAGGCCCAGCCGGUCCUCCUGGUCCCCCUGGGACCAUCUCUGCAUUAGUUAAAGGCCAAUCAGGACCCCGGGGCCCUCAGGGGCCAACAGGUUCCCCAGGACUACCAGGGUUUCCUGGGAGAGAUGGCGAGAAGGGAACCAAAGGAGAGAAGGGGGAUCCGGGUCAGAGAGGGACUCAGGGGACAUCAGGUUUACCUGGAGAGACAGGCGGGAAAGGAGAAAAGGGAGAUCCAGGAGAGGGUUUGCCAGGACCACCUGGCCUUCCAGGGCCUCCAGGUCCACCCAGAUCCCGCAGUGUACUGUAUGGGAACGAUGCGUUGGGCUCUGGGUUUGGAGACCUGGAUAUGGACUCUGAGGUCAUUAGGGGACCUCCUGGUCUACCUGGUCCUCCUGGCCCACCAGGUCCACCUAAUGCAGAGGGACUCUCCCAUAGUGGGCCCCCAGGGGCCCCUGGGAAAGAUGGUUUGCAAGGAAGACCUGGAAUACCUGGACCAGCAGGAAGAGAUGGCACUCCAGGUGUUCCAGGACAAAAUGGACAGAAAGGUGAUCAAGGAUUGGCUGGCUUACCUGGACCAAAGGGUGAAUGUGGUUCAGUAGGCACCACUGGUGCCCCAGGACUUGAAGGUCCUAUAGGGCCCCCAGGCCAAAGGGGUCCACCAGGCCCACCAGGUCCCCCGGGAUUACCAAGGUCUAAGUUCUUUGUGGAGGACAUGGAGGGAUCAGGAAAGGGGGAUCUAUUGAUUAGUGCUGGAUUUGGAGGAUCCCAGGGAUCUCCAGGUCUCACUGGCCCCAGAGGACCAAAGGGGGAGGAUGGAGCCCCAGGUGCCCCUGGACUUUCAGUAAAGGGAGAGCAAGGAGACCCAGGCUCACCAGGUAUUCAAGGUUCAGCUGGUUUACCAGGGCCAAGGGGAAGUAAAGGAGAAAAAGGCAACCUCGGACAAAAGGGAGAGCCUGGCACUGAUAGAGUCAGUAUCACAGGACCCCCUGGGCCUCCUGGACCUCCUGGACCAAUUAUUAAUAUAGAGGAUCUCCUCCUCAAUGUUACAGAUGGACUUUUUAACUUCACUGAGAUCAAAGGACCACCAGGACCCAUGGGGCCUGAGGGUUUACCUGGCAGAGCUGGAUUUCCUGGACCUCGAGGACCAAAAGGAGACAUGGGUAGUCAAGGAGUUCAUGGUUUAACUGGGCUCAAGGGAGAGAAAGGGGAGCCAGGAGUUACAAUAGCUGCUGAUGGAUCCAUUAUUUCAUCACCAAGAGGUCCGAUCGGGCCGAGAGGAGUGAAGGGUGAUCGUGGUUUGCCAGGCCCCACUGGACUUAUGGGACCAAUUGGACCAAUAGGACAAAAAGGAGAGUAUGGAUUCCCUGGUCGUUCAGGAAGACCUGGUGUGCCUGGGAGAAAAGGAGACAAAGGGGAUUCUUCUGGCACACAGGGCCCACCUGGCCUUCCUGGCCCACCUGGACCCCCAGGAAGGAUAUUCGGGCUCAAUGGGGGUUCAUAUUCAUUGGGUGCUAAAGGAGACAAAGGAGAGGCUGGAUUACCUGGGGAUCCAGCUGUAUUUGGACUUCCAGAUGGAGCUGAGCUCCAUCGUGGAGAAAAGGGUGCUGAGGGCUAUACCGGGCAGAAGGGAGAGAAGGGAAACACAGGUCCUGCUGGUCCUCCAGGGCUGCCGGGGCGGUCUGGACUUGUGGGUCCGAAGGGAGAGUCUGUUGUGGGGCCCCCUGGUCCUGUAGGCCCUCCAGGACUGCCUGGUGCAUCUGGGACUGGACGCCCAGGUGCGAGAGGUCCUCCAGGGCCUCCUGGACCUCCAGGAUCGGAGUUUGCCUAUGGAUCAGUCACAGUUCCUGGCCCACCUGGUCCUCCCGGUCCUCCAGGAUAUACAAACCCGAUCACAACUUACAAGACUUCCCAUGCUCUGAGCAGAGAAGCACCGCGAGUUGCAGAGGGAACGCUGGCGUAUGUGUCAGAGCAUGGAGGAGAGCUGUUCAUCAAGGCACGCCACGGCUGGAAGAAAAUACAGCUUGGAGAGUUGAUCCAGCCGCCUUCAGCUUCAUCUCAGGCGUUGAGUCGACCCGGAGACAGAGGAAGACCGCACAGAAUCCACAGCCAGGAGCUGCAGGAGAGCUCCAGGGGCUACCAGCCGAGCUACAACGUCCUGCCACAGACCUUCAACGCUAUCCCUGGGCUUCAUCUUGUCGCUCUGAAUACACCACUGAAGGGAGACAUGCGGGGCAUCAGGGGGGCCGACUUCCAGUGCUACCAGCAGGCUCGCUCCAUGGGGCUGACCACCACGUACAGGGCCUUCCUCUCCUCACACCUGCAGGACCUGGCCACUAUAGUGAGAAAGACUGACCGCAAUGACAUGCCUGUGGUCAAUAUGAGGGGAGAGGUCUUAUUCGACAGCUGGAUGUCCAUAUUUUCUGGGAAAGGAGGCGUCUUCAACCCCUCUGUCCCCAUCUACUCCUUUGACGGCCACGAUGUUCUGACUGACCCUGCAUGGCCAGAGAAGCUGAUAUGGCACGGCUCCAGUCCAGCAGGCAUCAGACUCACCACAAACUACUGCGAGGCGUGGAGGACCGGGGACAUGGCUGUGACGGGGCAGGCCGCUCUGCUCCAGUCGGGACGUCUCCUCGGACAACAAACACGCGCCUGCUCCAACCACUACAUUGUGCUGUGUAUAGAGAACACCUAUGUGGGCCACAGUCACCCCAAAAGGACCUGA